CGGCGUCAUCGCUCUGCGUGAACAAAAUCCUCAGUGAUAAACAACAGGACAAAUAAAGCUUCAGAUGUGUGAAGGACCUUCAUCGAUAUCUGGGCCAAUUCCCCCAGAUCCUUCUCUGUUUCCACAGUACUACAAGCGACCUGCUUCAGCACGUGGCCGUUUAGAGGGAAACGACAUUGGGAGUGUGGCCCUCCUCUCAGGGCCGCUCGCUCCAGAUCCUGUGUUGUACCCUCGCUGCUAUAGUGCCCGUACCCCAUCACAUCCUCCCCGUAUCGGCCCUAAUGCCACCCAUAUUCUUGAACGCGGACAGAGAGGGGUAGUUGGGGAACUACUCAAACUAGGGGGUGUCUCUAUCAGCCCUGUUCCCAAACAGAAACCGCGAGUACAUGACUUUGGUAAAGAGAAUGUGCGUCGGCUUAGGGAGAUUCAGAGGCGCUGCAAAGAGCAGGAGUCAGAGAGGGCACUGUCUCGUCCAGCUCCAGUCAAAGCUCUUUGGACCUCCUCCAAAUACGAGAACGUCCCAUCCAGGGUGAUGGUCCAACUACAGGUUUCUAGUCCAACUUCUAAACCACAGUGUCAAAACUUUCUGAAGGCCCAUUCUACUGCUCCACCAAGACCACGCUCUAAAAACUCUCCUGUAACUUUACAACGGCGGACCUCCUGCAACUCCAUACAGGACCACGACUUGCAAUUACAGGUGCAAGGCCAGACGAUAGACUUCGUAAAACAUAAUGCCCAUUCUGCAGGAAAAACUGGGAUGCGUCGGUCCCAGUCAUUGACCAACCUUAGAGAUAAGCCUGUGCCCAUGGCAGUUAAGGGACAGGUGCCUCAAUAUCUGGAGGAAAGGAAGGAGAGAUGGCAAAUAGAGGAGGAAGAGAAGAGGAGGAACGCCCCUGAUCCUACAGCCCCGACUGGUCACACGCUGAUGCCUGAAAAUAAGAGACAGGAGACACUGAAGUCCCUCAAAGAGACCCAUCGCUCACUGGUGACUGAGCUGUUGUCACUCCCUCUCAAAGCUGACAAUCUGAGUAUUCGCUCACGUCGGGCUCAUCUGGAUUCUAGGCUUUCUGAAAUUGAGGAAGCCAUAAAAAUAUUCUCCAAGGACAAAGUUUAUGUGAAAAUAGAUUCCUAACAAAUUAGAAUAUGGAGAAGGUCCUGUAUAUGUACUGCUUCAUUGAGCAUCAUGUAAAAUAAUGCUGAACUUGUAGAAGUCAUGAUUAUUUAUACGUUAGCAAUUUUCAUUUCUAUAAUACGAGUGAUUAUUCCAUAAGGUCAACCAUUGAGGCUACUGAUAAUCAGUUACUUAAAGAACAAUUUACAUGCUACUAGAACCUACCAGAUACAAUGUUAACUGUAGGCUACAUUAAAAACUGUUCCUUUGGUAAAAACCUU